AAUGCGUAUACAACACAUGGUCGCGAAUCUACCAGGUACAUCGUAUUCCCACCACGGGCUCUAAACCCCCAUCAAAUAUUUCACUUCCCCUACCGCCGGCCACCGUACAAUACACGCCGCCUCCCUCAUAUCCAACCACCCGAAACGAUGAGAAGAGUUUCUACACUCGCUGCCGCUUCCACUUCCCUAUCCCGGGCCAUCCUUGCUUCCUCAGAACACCACCACGAAUAUAACAAGCUUUUUCAGGCAGCAUCCUUUUACGCCGCCAAUACCGGCUCUUCUCGCCGGUGGUUUUCUUCAUCCGUGGGAUCUACGUCCCAAGGCGGUUAUUCUUCGACUGCUGCUAAAGUUUUUCUGUCCUUGGGCUGUGUUGCCGCGUCCGUCGCUGCUGGGUCUUCAUCAGUAUUUGUGGAAGAAGAGGCGUAUGCCAAGGAACCCAUCAGCCCUGAUCUAGUUCCAAAGGAGGUCGUGCUCUACCAAUACGAAUCUUGCCCUUUCUGUAACAAGGUCAAAGCAUUUUUGGAUUACUAUGAUGUGCCAUACAAAGUUGUGGAGGUGAAUCCACUUAGCAAGAAAGAAAUCAAAUGGUCUGAUUACAAGAAGGUGCCUAUACUCAUGGUCGAUGGUCAACCACUACAAGAUUCAUCAGCCAUUAUUGAUCAGAUGAGAACCAAGCUCAGUCCUGUGAAAUCUACUUCAGUGGUCAAUGAUGAUGAAGAAGAAAAGAAAUGGCGUCGGUGGGUUGAUGAUCAUUUGGUGCAUAUGUUAUCACCAAAUAUAUACCGAAACACUUCUGAAGCUCUUGAAUCUUUCAACUAUAUCACUAGCAAUGGUAAUUUCAGCUAUACUGAGAAAUACACAGUAAAAUACGCGGGGGCUGCUGCUAUGUACUUUGUGUCCAAGAAACUUAAGAAAAAAUAUAAUAUCACUGAUGAAAGGACAGCUUUAUAUGAAGCUUGUGAAACUUGGGUUGAUGCACUUGAUGGCAGGGACUUUUUAGGUGGCUUGAAGCCUAAUUUGGCUGACCUGGCGGUGUUUGGGGUGCUGAGGCCUAUUCGGUAUCUAACAUCAGGUAAAGAUAUGGUGGAGCACACGAGGAUUGGGGAGUGGUAUGCAAGAAUGGAGAAUGUUGUUGGUGAAUCUUCGAGGGUAAAGGCGUAAUUUUGUUGUUGAAGGCCAAAUGGUAUGCAAGAAGUGAAUUAAAGUAUAUAUACAUUUUACCUUCAAUCUUGAUUAGAUUGUGUGGAGAAAUUCCAGUUAAACUGAUUUUGAGAUUUUGUUGCUAUGAAUUCAUAGCAUGAUGUUUUAUUGUAUUGGUAUUGUUUUGGGUAGAUGAUAACUGAAGCCGGAUGUAGGCUGAGAGAUAGAACAAUAAAAAAAUAGAUUAACAGGGUGAUGAUACUUGAUACCUGAUACUUGAUACCAAUACUAAUGCAUCUAAUCACAGACAUCAAAACAUUAAAAGGUAGAUGUGAUUGAAGGAGAGUAUUAGUGGGAUGGAUGAAUGGCUU